AUGGCUACAACAGCAGCCAUCCUCUUCUGCCCUCUACCUAUUACGCAUUUUACUUCUCGGCGUUGGUUUAUUUCGAGUAUCGGCCGAAUCCUCGCUAGCGGAUACUACCGGGUCGAAUUCCGAGACUUUUUCCUUGCAGAUGAAAUGAAUUCUCUUUCAUAUUCAAUUGAGCAAUUUGAAUUUGCUAUUUGUGCCUACUCUCAACAAUGGAACGACCUCGGAAGCACCUGUUCUACUAGCCAUAUGUGGAUCACUCCAUUUUUGACUGCUUUACCAGCCUGGUUCCGUUUUCUGCAAUGCCUGCGCCGUUAUCGUGAUACUUUAGAGUGGUUUCCUCACCUGUUAAACGCUGGGAAAUAUUCUGCUAGCCUCGUCAAUUUAUUUGUGUAUUUUUCCUACCGGCAUUUUGGCGGCCCACAUCUCAAGAUUACUUGGAUCUGCUUCUCAAUUUUGACAAGUAUUUACACAUUUACCUGGGAUGUUUAUAUGGAUUGGGGCUUGUUUCGAUUUGGGAAACACGGCGGGGGAGCAUAUGGACACCCGUUUUUGAGACAAGAGUUAGUUUAUUCAAAAACAUGGGUUUACUACAUGGCAAUUAUAUUAGAUUUUUUAGGAAGAUUUUCAUGGACUCUUAGAUUAAUCCCUAUGAAAGUAAAUGUGAUGCUGCUGUCGUUCGGCCUAGCGUUACUAGAGGUUUUACGACGAUGGCAGUGGAAUUUUUUUCGAUUAGAGAACGAGCAUUUGAAUAACUGUGGACAGUUCAGGGCUAUUAAAGACAUCCCCCUUCCGUUCCACAUUCGCGUCGCGGGGGAUUCUGAUGAAGAUGAAGAGGAGGAA